AUGGAGGAAAUCAAUGAUGGGGCCAUAGUAUCUUCUCCUAGCAGCACUCUAUCGUUGUUCCAAAUGGAUUUCUCCAUAUUCAGAGGAGGGAGCAGUAGCAACAACAAAAGAUACAACACUAAAGCCACUGACGCCGAUGCCAUGAAUGCUAUCGAUACGACUCAGAGAGCUUCUGCGAGAGUGACCGAUGAGGACGAGAAAGGUCUCGCUCGAAAGAAGCUCAGGCUCUCCAAAGAACAGUCCGCUUUCCUAUAAGAGAGCUUCAAAGAAAUGCACAAUACUCUCAACCCUAAACAAAAGCUUGCUCUUACAAAACAGCUCAAUCUUCGACCUCGCCAAGUAGAAGUUUGGUUUCAGAACAGAAGAGACAGAACGAAGCUAAAACAGACGGAGGUGGAUUGCGGGUAUCUGAAGAGGUGUUGCGAGAUAUUGACGGAGGAGAACAGAAGACUACAAAAACACUUUCAGACAAAAGACCCGGUGGUGGGGAUUCGUUCUCGCAGUUUAUGA